UCAAUCAAACAACAGCGUUCAGAGCAAGAAAGAGACGCCAACAUACAAUUGCACCUCAAGAAGUUAGAGGUUGGCAGAUUGCAUAUAGAAUAUGGAUACUGACUAACUAUUUUGAAAUAACCAUCUAUACACAAAAUCUAUCUACCUUUUAAAAUAGGGAGUAUUAGAAAAACUUUCUCUGCCCAAAAAUACCCUUCGCUUGUCAUAAAUUUAACAAAGUUACCCUUUUUUUACGCUACACAGGAAUCAGAUCAGAAAAUCAAAAGCCCUAAACGUGCGUCCUUUUCGUUCUUCAUUCCAUCGGUUAUGGUUCCGCUCCGGUUUUCAGAAAAAUACCAACUCUUUUAGUCUUCAAAUAAUUCACAACAAAAUCCCAAUCCAAGAUCCUAAUUUCUUACCUGAUUUGUUCCAUUGAUUUCUCUCGCAAUCGGAGACAACAAUCUCAAUGCUGAGCUCGUGAGUCGACCCUCUCAGCUUUCCUAAUGUCCUCAAAUCUUUGAUAUCAAAAUUUUUCAUCCAAGUUCUCUAAUUUUUCAUCCAAUUUUUCUGAUUUUUCUAUACUCACGUCUCUUAGCAAAAGAAAUAUCUCACCCGCUCUCACAUCAAUAUUAACCCCACCCAGCACAGCUCUAAAACCCUAACCCUAGACCUCAUUUUUUUCUCAUCUCCCCUCAGCCAAAUCCCCUACAUCUCCCUCUGUCCUGAAAGCUCUCUGAUGGCGGACGGAAAAGCGCAAUACCCACCACAAACAGAAGUGGAGACCUCUCCCAUGGCGGAAGAAACCACCGCUCCUCCAGAAGAAUCGGUCCCAAAAGAACCCACCGAUGCUCCGCAUGAGCAAGAAUCAGAAGAAGGGAAAGCGACGAGCGAGGUUCCUCCCUUGGCUCCAGAUCUCAAGCGAAAGUUGUAGGAUCUCGAAGGCGAGGACGAGAAGAAGAAGGAAGAGGGAGGCGAUGUUGAAGCCAGCCAGAAGAAGGAUGAUGCGGAGGCUAAUGCCUCUGAGCCUGAAGAUGGCGUCGAUGCGAAGAGGCAGCGCCUUAAUGAUGAAGGUGUCGAUGGAUUGGGUGCAGAUGGAGGCCAAGAUGUCCAGAAAGAAGAUGCCCAACUGGAAGGCAAUGACCAACAUCCUCAUACAGAGAAAGCCACAUCUGAACCUGUUGAGGCUGUUAAAAAAUCUACUGAAGAUCUUUCUCAGCAACAUAGUCUUUCUUUCACAGGACAACAGGAGACGUCAAGGAAAAUUUAAGUCCCUAGCAAUAAGGUGGGUGUUCUUAUUGGUAAAUCUGGGGAGACAAUCAGGUUGUUACAGAGCAAUUCAGGUGCAAGAAUUCAAAUAACAAGAGAUGUUGAAGCUAAUCCAAAUUUAUCCACAAGACCUGUUGAACUGACAGGAACCAUGAAAAAUAUCAUCAAGGCCGAACAACUGAUAAAGGACGUCAUAGGUGAGGUUGAAUGACUAUUAGCAGCUAUUUUCCGUCUAAUAAUUGGAUACUUCUACUUUUGCCAACUGGUUUGCAUUUAGACUUAUGUUAUGCAAGUUCUUAUUUGUGUUUUGUGUUUCAGGCUGCCGCAGGGGGGUUGGUUUGCAGAUUGAG